AUGGAUAUUGUUCAAUCUUCAAUACCUUCCGAGAUCAGCCCUUCCUAUGCAAUGAAGAUAAACAACACAUCGAUCAAUGAUCAGUGGGCAGACAAUAUCGCAGACUUUGACAAUGAUGAUAGUAUCCAUGGCUCACCGGUCACCUGCUCCAUCGGGCGUCCUCAGAUCCUGAAGCAAAACACAAACUGUGGCGAGAUACCCAGUCCAAAGACCGAGUACUACAACUUCAACUUCCGCAUGGGCACACCUAUCGCUGGUAAGGAUAUCGUCGGCGAGGCGACUCCAACCUUUAGCCACGGC